AUGGCCGGCAGAUGUGCUUGCCUCUUCUGGCUGCUUGCCAGGGCAGGAGGCAGCGAUGAUGGGCAGCGCCCACUCUUCUUCUGGGUCAGCCCAGAGACCAAGGUCCAGCUGCAAGAGGCAGCUGCAGCAGAGGGCUUGGGGCUGGCUGAUGCCUUCGAGCGGUGGGUGGAUCUUCGAUCAGCCGCUGCAGGCGUCUUGCGUGCGGAAGCCAACCAAGUACCUAUGCCCGACGCAGCUGGAGACGUGGAUGCGAUCCAAUCAGGCCACCAAACUCCUUCAGCGCAGGAGGUGUACAGCGCCCUCCCUGAGCGAGUGCAGUCUAGAUUUUUGCGUGGCCUUUGGCCCGGCAUGCGGGACAUCGCGGGAUCUUCUGGCCGUCUCUUGCUGACCUGGACUGGGGGCAAGGAGUUCGUGCAGUUGGCCCAGAAUUUGGCCUUGUCCAUCAAGAAGCAUGUGCCGAGUUUGCUGCCUCAUUUCUGCGUCGUCGCUCUCGAUGAUGAAGCCGAGAUGCAGCUGCGCUCACAUGGCAUUUGUGCCUUGAUCAGUGAAGACUCGCUCGUGUCAGACCCUGACCGCUGGGACUUUAAGAAGCGCCUGCUGGGCGCUGGCCUGGUCCUUGGCCUGGAGGUUCUUGUUCUGGAUGCCGACUGCGUGAUUCUUCAAGAUCCUUUUCUCAACGUGUGGAACGAUUCGGACUUAGAGACCGGGACGGACCACAUGUUCCCGGAGCGGGACCUUUGGCAGCCCCACAUGAGGCUGGAAGAGCAUCUCAACACGGGCUUCCUCUAUGCCAACGGCAAAGCUCGGGGUGGGCGGCUGCUCUGCUUUUUGGCAAGCUUCUUGCACAUUUUCGCAGAGCCGGAUUUGCUCGGCCUCCCGCGCGACUUCUUUGAUCAGCGGGCCUUCAACAAGUUCGUGCUGAUGCAUCUGGCUGCGGCGCCUCCCAUGGCUCAGAUCCGGUACGGCAAAUCACAGGUGGAGCUUCCCAGCUGGCCGCCGGAGCGUCUGGCCGUGGCUGAGAUGCUCGGAGAGGUCUGCGGACUCUGCCGUUCAGCCAGCCAGCCUUUAGUGAUCAGAGUCUUGGAUCCCGAGAUCAUUGCCCAUGGCAUGAACUACUUCCGGAGAGCUACGCAUCUGCAUCGACAGCCUGCUGUCGUGCAUGCGAACGGCGUGGAUGCAAAGGUCUACUUUAUGAGGGACAGGGGCAUUUGGUUUGUCGACGACUGGAGCGAGCGCUUCCCUGUCGACUCCCGCUUCUUGACCUACGGUCAUCCGCCGGGCCUGGACCUGAAAGGGGACUUCAACACCUUGUUGGCCGCCUUGGAAGUCGCGAAGGUCUUGAAGCGCCGCUUGGUGCUCCCCAGGACCAUGCACUGUGCCAACUCCCCAGCGCACGAAGCGUACCAGUUGCCGCUGCAGGAGUGCACCGUGGACCAUUUCGCCUCGCCCAAAAUUCUGCUCCGGUACUACAAUGAGAGUUUGGUGGAGUCUUCGGUGGCGACUCAUCCACAGUACCAAGCAUUGCUAUCGUCAAGCAGCUGGACGGUCGGUCCUGCAGAUGCUGAUGCGCUGCUGGAGGACCCGCGGACAUCCAGCGCCGCGGUUCUGAACUUGGAGGUCGAUGUCGUGGAGGCUCGCGAUUCGUUGUUCCAAGGGCUGCAAGCAUUUCCAGACUCCGUACCGAAGCCGGCAUGCAAGUUCGCCUACUGGCCCGGGCGCCAGAUGGCUUGCAGGGACGAGGCCUACCUGCGCAAGGUCGGACAGGAGAAGGCCUGCAAUGCAGAGGGUCAGGAGGCCUGCGGUGUCAAAGGCUUUUCCUGCUGCGAGGUGUUCCAUGGGUGGGCGGAGAAGCUAGAGGUCUUCACCGGAAGGCCCUGGGACUUGCCCUGCAAUUGCGGCCUCGAGCGGUGCGCGCAAUUUCACCGCACCUCGGACUAUCCGCAGCUGGGAGAAAAUCACCGCUGCUGCUUUCGCAAGCACGAGGAUCCACCCAUGCUGCAAUGCAUUGAUGUGGGUGUCUUUCCCAGCAGUAUCCCGGCCAUGGACUUCAACAGCUACAGCUCGGACGUCUUGUGGGCCCUGAAGCUCCGCGGCUCUGAAGUCUUCACGGAGACCUUCCAGGCAUGCUGGCGCUGGACUCAAGCUGCUUCCGUGUCCAUGUCCAUGUCUACACGCUCCAAUGAUGUGGGCAGGGAAUGCACCUGGAUUGUCAGCAGCUUCUUGUUGGUGCAUGAUGAGCAUGCUCUUCUGGAUGAAUGGCUGGGCUUCAUGCUGAGGCAACACUUUCCCAACCUGGAGGAGUUGCAUGCGGAGAGGUCCGGCGGCUUCGCGAAGUUGCAGUCUGUCCAGAAUCGAGCCAAGUGGUUGCUAAAGCGAAGCUGGAGCCAGGGUGCGGAGGGCGCCGCCGUCGAGAUAUAUGAGACAUCUACCGGCAGGCAACGGAAGGUGUUCCCAGAGAGGAGCUCUUUCCGUACUUCACACACCUGGAGGGCAUCUUACGACCUCUUGCCCAGUCGAAACAAGCGGCUCCAUCGGAUGGGAUUCCUGAGCUUGAUUUGGACGUGCUCCAGGAUUGUCGCUGGUCCUUGCUGA